UAUCUCCGUGUCGCACGUGUUCCCCGGUUGGCGAAGAAUUGGUUUUCUGUUUUGUGACUAGCAAUAUGAAGAAAAAAUCCCGUAAGCCGCUUUCGAAAGCGCAAAAGCAGCGGAAUCGAGUAAAAGUGGCUGCUCCUAUUGAGGAGGAACCGACGGCGAUCAAAAAUGCUCCUCACACGUUUGUCAUUCGCCGCGGCGAACGAUGCUCGUCGGUUAGCAAACUAUCGCGAGAUUUUCGUCGGAUGAUGGAACCGUUCACAGCGGCACACCUUCGCGAGAGUCGCAUCAACAAGGUGAAAGAUUUUGUGCAUAUGUCCGGCUAUUUUCACGUAUCGCACAUGUGCCUCCUGUCGUUAUCCACGGAAAGUUUGUCUCUGAAGGUGAUUCGGAUGCCAAAGGGACCGACACUGACGUUUAGGGUGCAUCAGUACACCCUGGCGAAAGAUGUGAUAAAUAGUGCCCGCAAACAAUUUGUCGACGAAGACUGCUUCAAGGCAGCCCCGCUGGUGAUCCUGAACAACUUCAGCGGCGAGGGUAAGCAUUUAAAGCUGAUGGCGAGUACCUUCCAAAACAUGUUCCCAUCGAUCAAUUUGUCGACGGUGAAUCUUUCCUCGCUGAAGCGGUGCGUACUGCUGUCCUACAAUCCGGUCAGCAAACUGGUCGAUCUGCGCCAUUACACCAUUACGGUGGUGCCGGUUAAUUUAAACAAGGGCGUGAAGAAAAUCGUUACUCGAAACAUACCGGAUCUGGGUCGAUUCGAAGAUAUCGCCGAUUUUGUUGAAAAGGGUCACCUGCUUUCGGAAUCCGAAGUAGAUGAUGAAGAAUCGCACGUGGUCCUUCCACAGAAUUUGAAUCGUGGCAAUCUGGAAGACAACAAAUCAUCGUUGCGCUUACAUGAAAUCGGCCCACGCAUAACGAUGCGCCUAAUGAAGAUCGAGGACGAUCUGAUGACAGGCGAAGUGCUGUAUCAUGACUGCAUUGAGAAGAGUGCGAUUGAGGUGGAAGCCAUGCGUAAGAAGCGAGCCCAACAACGCAAGUUGAAGGAAAUGCGUAAACAAAAGCAGGCCGAAAACAUCAAGAAGAAAGAAAACAAAAAAGAGGACCAUCGUGCCAAAACGUCGGCACAAGAGAAGAGUAAUCAAAUCAACGAGACGGAUAAACUGCUCCUGAAGGACGCAGAGGAAGCAGUUGGCGAGUUGUCUGAUGAGGACGAUCGCGAAUACUACCGGGACGCGAUCGGUGCCAAUCCGGAAGACGAACUAUUCGAUUCGGCUCACAAGGGCGCCAGGAAGCGACCGUUCAUACCGAAGGGUUCGAGCUACUCGUUGAAGCCGAAAAAGCCACGUAUGGACAAUCGCAAGCAGUACGACGAAGACGACGACCGCCAUGAUAGCAAGAAGAGAAACGGCGGAGGAAAGAAUGGAAAAGGUAAAUUUGGCCGGAAAGGAAUGCGAGACGAGCUGAAGGGCAAAUCUAAAUACAACGGCGGAAAGCAUAUGGGACGGAGCAAAAGUGGUGGAUCGAAGAAGACAGGUGGUGGGAAAAAGUCCUCCAGGCGUAAGUGA